UGAUGAAAAAAGAAAAUCCAAUUGAAAUGUGACGUGGCAUUCCAGGUGGGAAGUUCUAUCUAUGAACUGUGCCUCCUCUCCGAUCACAGCUUCUCCCCUCUCUUUUCCUUCUCAGUUCCUAAUUCCGGCGGUGCACUCACGCUGGUUCCCCAAUCUCCCAAAUGAUCAUCAAUGUCAAACCCGGCCUACAUCCUUCUACUGCUUCUUCUCUCUCUUCCUCUCGGGCUUUCGCACCAAUACGCUUCCCUUCGCCUCCAUCUGCCACUCCUUUCGACGGUUUUGAAACUUCCCGCCGCCUCCAGGUCCUCGCCAUGGUUGUCAAGCGGAGUCCUAAGCGCCUCAAGUACUCGGCUCCACGCUUCACCAAGGAAGGGAGCUUGAUAUAUGUCAAAGCUGAAUCAGGAGAGGACGGCUGGAAAUUAGACCCUAUUGUUAAUCUUCUAAAAGAGGGUGCAGUUGGGGUUAUUCCUACUGAUACCGUGUAUGGAAUUGUUUGUGAUCUGAAGAACCCCUCAGCCAUUGAACGAAUGCAGAGGAUCAAGAAUAUAGAGCCUACAAAGCCUCUGAGCAUUUUGUGCCGCUCCUUCCGGGACAUUGAUAAAUAUACUACAGGGUUUCCUCGUGGUGAUGGCCAAGGCCAUUCAAGUAUAUUUCGCAUGGUUAAGCAUUGUCUACCUGGACCAUACACCUUCAUCUUGACUGCAAGCAAAGAGCUGCCUAAACAUUGUAUAAGGUAUGGCACGACCACUGCAAAAUAUGCAUCAAGGAAGAAUGUAGGUGUGCGCAUUCCUGAUGAUUCAAUUUGUCAAGCAAUACUGGAAAAGAUGGACGACCCAUUGAUAUCCACAAGUGUCAAAUCCCCGAAGGAAAAUGAGUGGUUGCUCGACCCAGUUGUCAUAGCUGAUAUCUAUGGACAAGAGGGUCUGGAUUUUGUGGUGGAUGGUGGAGUUAGAGUGGCAGAUCCAUCCACUGUAGUAGAUAUGACCAUCACUCCUCCAAAGAUUUUGCGGCAAGGGAAGGGAGCUAGACUGCCAUGGAUGGUAGCUGAAGGUGAUGACGAACCAAACAUAGGUGAAGAUAUCCGCACCUGAACUUGCCAUUUUGUAGAUAAUCCACUGAACAUAUUGCAUGGAAGACAUGAUCCAGUUGCAGUUCACAAACAAAUCUGGUGGAGUUUGUACAGUGUUUGCUAUUGGUAUAUAAACUAACACUGAAAGAGGGUGGGCCUUUCUAAGUUGAAGAUCAAAUGUUGCUAUACUGCUUGUCUUAGAGGUUUUUUUAUCAACUUGAAAAUUAGAUUCUCUUUUACCUACAUGUAAUGUAACUCAUAAAUAUAGGCAAAUGCAAUCCUCAUUCUAAAAUUUUCUCUUAGAAGAACAGAAGAAUUUACAUUUUCAUUUGGGGAAA